GGUCAUGAGCUCAUAAAGAAAUGCGACCGAACCAACGCACGACUCUGCAAGCUUCGCCUUCCCCAUUGCGAGCUGGAAACUCCGAUCUUCAUGCCCGUGGGGACCAUGGCAGCGGUGAAAGGGCUGACGGUGGACGAGCUUGAGGCUUUAGAUGUUCCCAUCAUCCUAGGCAACACAUAUCACUUGGCCCUUCGUCCUGGAACAGAGCUGCUAGAUGAGCUGGGAGGCCUCCAUGACUUCAUGGGAUGGAGGCGAUCGAUCCUGACAGACAGCGGGGGGUUUCAGAUGGUUUCCUUGUUGAAGCUGGCGAACAUCACCGAGGAAGGCGUGACUUUCCAGUCUCCCUCCGACGGCAGUCAAAUGCUGCUGACGCCGGAGAAAUCGAUCCAGUUGCAGAACGAGAUUGGAGCUGACAUCAUCAUGGCGCUGGACGACGUGGUGAGCAGCACGACCCCAGAUCCUGAGCGAGUACAAGAGGCCAUGCACCGCACUCUGAGAUGGAUCGAUCGCUGCAUCGCGGCCCACAAGAAGCCUGACAAGCAAAAUCUCUUUGGGAUAGUGCAGGGAGGCCUCGAUCUUGACCUCCGUGCCACCUGCUGUCACGAGCUGAUCAAAAGAAAUUUGCCGGGUUACGCGAUCGGCGGGUUGUCCGGCGGUGAAGCCAAAGAUGAGUUCUGGAAGGUCGUUCUAUGCUGCACGAAAUUACUCCCUCCGAACAAGCCAAGAUACUGUAUGGGUGUAGGUUAUCCCAUCGACUUGGUCGUGUGUGUGGCGCUCGGAGUCGACAUGUUCGACUGUGUGUACCCGGCGAGGACGGCGAGGUUUGGAGUUGCUCUGACUGACAAUGGAAACAUGGUGAGGAGAGGACGAGGAGCGAGAGAAAAGGAAGGAAGGAAGGAAAGAAAAGGAUCGAAGAAAGGAAUUGGCGAGGAGAAGGAGGAAGAGGAGGAUCCGGGGAGAGUGUUCUGA